AAACGAUUACAUCACAAUCCGGUUAUAAAGCCCUAGCUGCGGGCGGCGAAACAGAGUCCUUGUCUUCUUCACUGAGACUAUUAUACAUUAUUUCACAGGAAAAGUUCACUUUUUUUUCUUGUUCCUAGUGGAUAAAGAGAAAGAUGAAACCUUCUCAAAAGAGAGCUCGCAAACACAAAACACAACCUGCGGAAAACCCCACCGGCGAAGCUAAAGAAGCUUCCGUCACACACCUGGACGAAUCUCCGUCCCCUGAGCCUCCCGAAACCACCCCAUCACUCAACCGCGGGAGAGCCAAAAAGCGCCGACUGAGAAACAACCCUUCCGAAACCACCACCGAGCAACAGCAGCAACAACGCGGCGGCGGCGUAGUCAGCCAGAGGUCGUCUCUUCCUCACCACCCCCACUCUGAUUGCAACAACAAUGCGACUACUACUGUUUCACCCGCCGCUCCGAGCUGGGAGAAUGUGGUGAAGGUCGUGCCUUCGAUGGACGCUGUGGUGAAAGUCUUCUGCGUCCACACCGAUCCCAACUUCUCCCUCCCCUGGCAGAUGAAACGUCAGUACAGCUCCGGUAGCAGCGGCUUCAUCAUCGGAGGGAGAAGGGUUCUGACGAACGCUCACUCCGUCGAGCAUCAUACUCAAGUCAAGCUCAAGAAGCGCGGCUCCGACACCAAGUAUCUAGCCACGGUCUUAGCCAUUGGCACCGAAUGCGACAUUGCUUUGUUGACGGUUAGUGACGAUGAGUUUUGGGAAGGAGUCUCUCCCGUGGAGUUUGGAGACUUACCAGCUUUGCAAGACGCUGUAACCGUCGUCGGUUACCCCAUCGGUGGAGACACGAUCUCUGUCACUAGCGGGGUUGUUUCUAGGAUGGAGAUACUGUCUUACGUACACGGCUCCACGGAGCUUCUGGGGUUGCAGAUCGACGCGGCGAUAAACUCCGGGAACUCCGGCGGUCCUGCGUUCAACGACAAAGGGAAAUGCGUGGGGAUUGCGUUUCAGUCGUUGAAACACGAAGAUGCUGAGAACAUUGGUUACGUCAUACCGACGCCUGUGAUUGGACACUUCAUUCGAGAUUACGAGAAGCAUAACAAGUACACGGGGUUUCCUGUGAUUGGGAUUGAGUGGCAGAAGAUGGAGAAUCCGGACUUGCGUAAGAAAAUGGGAAUGGAGUCGAAUCAAAAGGGGGUGAGGAUAAGGAGGAUCGAGCCUACUGCUCCGGAGUCUCAGGUUUUGAAGCCUUCUGAUGUCAUCCUUAGCUUUGAUGGAGUUGAUAUUGCUAAUGAUGGAACUGUUCCUUUUAGGCAUGGAGAAAGAAUUGGGUUUAGCUAUCUUAUAUCACAAAAGUACACUGGAGAUUCUGCUCUUGUGAAAAUCUUGCGUAACAAAGAGAUUCUUGAGUUCAACGUAAAGCUUGCAAUCCACAAGAAGCUUAUCCCUGCACACAUAAGUGGCAAACCUCCUUCUUACUUCAUUAUUGCUGGAUUUGUUUUUACUACUGUCUCUGUUCCAUAUCUUCGCUCUGAGUAUGGAAAAGAAUACGAGUUUGAUGCACCUGUCAAGCUUCUGAAGAAACAUCUUCAUGCAAUGGCUCAAUCCGUGGACGAGCAACUUGUUGUAGUUUCACAGGUUCUUGUUUCUGACAUUAACAUCGGUUAUGAGGAGAUUGUCAAUACCCAGGUUGUUGCUUUCAAUGGCAAACCUGUGAAAAACUUGAAAUGUUUGGCUGAGAUGGUGGAGAAUUGUGAAGAUGAAUACAUGGAGUUUAAUCUUGAUUAUCAUCAGAUCGUUGUUCUGCAAACUAAGACUGCAAAAGAGGCAACUUUAGAUAUUCUGACCACACAUUGCAUACCUUCUGCUAUGUCUGAUGAUCUCAAGACCUGAACGAGGAACCGAAACAGUCCCUGCCAUAAACAGAGCACACAAAAGCAAAUACAGUCAUGGAAGACAAAGAGCUUUAAAAGCUCAAACCAUAUGAUUUGUCUUCUUUGAUUUUUUACUUUGUUAUACUUGGCAAAGUAUGCACUUGCAGAAGACCAAAAAGAAGUUUUUAAGAAGCGUCGUGUCCCUGAUUUCUGUUUUGAAUUUCA